AUUCAAGUGCCGGUAGCAAUAGGUUCUCUUUUACACAGUUCUUAUCAGUUAAAUCAUGAAAAUCGUAAUCAUUCUUUUUACGUGCAUUUUGUGCCACAUUCCAAAUAAUAUGGGUGAAUCAUCAACUCCAUCUCCAACACCUCAAGUGAUGCAAUUUUUCCAGGUGAUACAACGGUUACAAAAAUACAUGUUACACCCAAAACCACGAGAAGUGAUGUUGAUUACAAGAGAACUUUUACCAGAUUCUACAAGAAUUCGAAAGGUAGAUCCAAUAGUCAUAAUUGUAAACGAAUGUCCAAAGUUCGUUGGUUUGGUAGGUUUCCAACAACCUUGUGUUGUCACGAAGAGUAAAUAUUUAGAGGUUCACGUAACAAUUUUGAAUCCAAAACCGACGAAUUUGGCACUAAACGUCGAAGAUCAUAUAGAGUGUUCUUGCGAAUCGAAAAUAUUUUCGAUGACGACUUCACAAAUUUUUAAAACUAGCUACAUUCCCCCCACAAUUCCAACCAUAAAUAUAACUGAAAAGAAAUUGACCAAUUCUGGUGAUGUUCCUAUUUAUUUUUCCAAGAUAAUUUUAAUAAUUACUCAAUUAUUUUUGGUAUAUUUAUUUAUUUAAAUGUUUUUUUUUA